AUGUGCGACGCGGCGGUGGCUGCGGCGGCGGCGCAGCGGUACAGGGGCGUGCGGAAGCGGCCGUGGGGCCGGUUCGCGGCGGAGAUCCGGGACCCGGCGAAGCGCGCGCGCGUCUGGCUCGGCACCUUCGACUCCGCCGAGGCCGCGGCGCGCGCCUACGACGUGGCCGCGCGCGCCCUGCGCGGCCCGCUCGCCAGGACCAACUUCCCCGGCCACCUCCCCGCGCUCACCUCCCGGCCCCCCGCGCCCGCGCCCACGUGCAGCUCCAGCUCCACCGUCGAGUCCUCCAGCGGGCCCCGGGCCGGGGUGGCCAGGGCGGCGGCGGCAGCGGUGCAUCGCAGGCGUGCCGCUGCGAAGCCGCGGCCCCCGCGGCAGGCCGCGCCCGCCGACGCCGACUGCCACAGCGACUGCGCGUCGUCGGCAUCCGUCGUGGACGACGGCGACGACGCCUCCACGGUCCGGUCGCUCUCGUGCCCGCGCCCGACGCUCGACCUCAAUCUCCCGGCGCCGCUCGACGUCGACGAUGGCCACGACCUCGGGCUCGGCACGGAGCUGCGGCUCUGA